UAGGGAUUUGCUUUCUAAGAUUUUCAUUUCUGGAUCCGAGAUAGAGACCCUGAGGUUUUGCAGUGUCGAGUUUCGGGAAAAAGAAGCAAACUCGCAAUGGCGGCGUUUAUCAAGCUAGAAGAUUCUCCUAUGUUUCAAGAACAGAUAUGUUCUCUAGAAUCCAUGGCUGAUGAGUUGAAAAAUCGCUGUCAAAUGCUGACCGAAGGAAGUAAAAAGUAUAGAACAGCUCUUGUAGAAGCAUAUAAUGCAGACAAUAGCUUUGCUGAUUCUUUAGAAGCAUUUGGUUGCGGACAUGAUGAUCCUAUGAGUGCUUCCAUAGGAGGGCCAAUCACGUCCAAGUUCAUCAAUGUCUUUCGUGAGCUUGCUAGCUAUAAGGAGUUGCUUUGUUCACAAGUGGAGCAUGUCUUAAUUGAUCGGCUAAUGCACUUUACAACUGUUGACUUGCAAGAUGCAAAGGAGUCUCGUCAACGAUUUGACAAAGCUAUCACUGGAUGUGCUCAGGCACGUGAGAAGUUUGUCUCUUUGAAGAAAAACACACCAGAAGAUGUUGUUGCUGUGCUAGAAGAGGAUCUAGAGAAUUCAAAAUCUGCUUUCGAGAGAAACCGCUUCAAUUUAGUAAAUUCUCUAAUGAAUAUUGAAGCAAAAAAGAAGUACGAGUUUCUAGAAUCUAUAAGUGCAAUUAUGGACGGCCACCUUAGAUAUUUUAAGCUGGGGUAUGACUUAUUGAGCCAGUUGGAACCAUUUAUUCACCAGGUAUUGACAUAUGCCCAGCAAGCAAAGGAAUUAGCAAAUGCUGAGAAGGAUAUGCUUGAAAAACGUAUUCAAGGAUUCAGGACCCAAGCUGAGAUAGAUGCUUUGCGAUCUUCUAGUAACAUAGAGCCGUCAACAAGUUCUGGUAGCAUUCAUGUUAUUGGCAUGAACACAGACAAAAACAUAGAGGCAAUCAUGCAGUCCUUCAUAGAUGGGGAGACCCAUAUAAUCAAACAAGGAUAUUUGUUAAAACGCCCUUCUAGUUUGAGGGGAGAUUGGAAGAGGAGGUUCUUUGUACUUGAUAGUCAAGGAACUUUAUACUAUUAUAGGAGUAAGGGUACCAAACCAAUGGGUUCUCUCCAUCAGUAUGCUGGUUCGGCUGAACACAAUAGUGGUGUAUUUUCAAGAUUUCGUGCAAAUCAUAAUAGGUCAUCAUCGUUUAAUGAAGAUACUUUGGGCUACCAUCCGAUUGAUCUUCAUAUUUCAACCAUAAAGAUGGACACAGAAGAUACAGAUUUACGGCUUUGCUUCAGGAUCAUAUCUCCACUGAAAACAUACACAUUGCAGGCUGAAAAUGGGGCAGAUAGAAUGGACUGGGUUAAUAAAAUAACUGCAGUUAUUACAUCUCUCUUCAACUAUCGUAUCAGGCAGCAGCUUGUGGAGAAUAAAGAUUUUACACGCAGAGCUUCUUCUAAUGCUAGGUCACCUAAGAGCCUUCCUCCUUUAGGGAAUGACCGAAUUGGCAACAGAGCAGAUCCUGUCUCUGCAGUCCUCAGAGAAAUUUCUGGAAAUGAUGUUUGUGCAGAGUGCAAUGCUCCUGAGCCAGAUUGGGCGUCUCUUAAUCUUGGCAUAUUAUUAUGCAUUGAAUGUUCAGGUGUACACCGUAAUCUUGGUGUACACAUUUCAAAGGUGAGAUCUCUGACAUUAGAUGUUAAAGUGUGGGAAUCUUCGACCGUGGAUUUAUUUCGUUCUCUGGGUAAUGCUUACUGUAACUCUGUAUGGGAAGGUUCACUUUUUCAGAAUGAGAGAGUGGAUGAAUCAAAUGCCCUUGGCACAUCAAUAACAAAACCAUGCGCCAAAGAUCCGAUUUCCCAUAGAGAGAAGUACAUCAAUGCUAAGUAUGUAGAGAAAUUGCUGAUUGUUAGAGAUGCAAUGCAACCUGGAGAUCUUCCAAACUCUGCAAACAUUUGGCAAGCAGUUGAGACUAAUAAUUUGCGAGAAGUGUAUCGUCUAAUUGCAAUGUCAGACACCAAUAUCGUAAAUAUCACCUUUGAUGAUAUUUUCACUGUUGAGUUGUAUCACCAUGUUGAUGCACAAGACUCACCACUUGAUAGCAAGAAAGAAGAUCCAUCAACCUGUCCGAGAAUCAAGGAUUGUUUACAAGGUUGUUCACUUUUGCAUCUAGCAUGCCAAUAUGGGAAUCCUGUGAUGGUGGAGCUGUUGCUGCAAUUUGGUGCUGAUAUAAAUAUGCGGGACUUCCAUGGCAGGACUCCUUUGCUUCAUUGCAUUUCGAAAGGGAAAAACCAAUUGGCAAAGCUUUUACUAAGAAGAGGUGCACGAUCAACGAUCAAAGAUGGUGGUGGAUUAAGUGCUCUGGAAAGGGCUAUGGAAAAGGGUGCAAUCACGGAUGAUGAGCUCUUUAUUUUGCUCUCUGAAAGUUAAGUGAAACAGACUUGGCUGGCUCCAAAUUUGUAAGUUUGCGUCCUCUCCUAUGGUUUCGGGUUAUGUCGACUGUUGUUCCAUAUAGCAUAACAACACCCUUCUAUCCUUGUUUGAAUCUUCCAAUGUUAUUACCGUAUUGUUUACUGUAUAAUAUUUAAACCUAUAUAUAUUCUUGA